AUUUCGAAACUUUGGAGGAGUCCGAUCUAAAUUCGUCGGACAUUUAACACACAACUCCGUAGUUUACGAAAACCCAGGUGUAUCUGAAACUUGAAGAGAGAAACCCGUCGGGCUGCUAGGGUUUUUCCUGUACGUUCAUCGUCGUCUCCGAUCUGUUCGUUACUUGGCAAAAAAUGUCUCGGGUGUACGUUGGGAAUUUGGACCCGAGGGUCUCUGAGCGCGAGCUGGAAGACGAAUUUCGUGUAUUUGGAGUUAUUCGAAGUGUAUGGGUUGCACGAAGACCCCCUGGUUAUGCCUUUAUAGAUUUUGAUGAUCCCAGAGAUGCACGGGAUGCAAUUCAUGAAUUAGAUGGGAAGAAUGGUUGGAGAGUUGAGCUUUCUCACAAUUCUAGAGGUGGUGGUGGAGGUGGCCGAGGAGGGGGUCGUGGUCGUUCUGGGGGUUCUGAUCUCAAAUGCUAUGAAUGUGGUGAGCCAGGACAUUUUGCUCGUGAAUGUCGUUCACGUGGCGGCGGCGGGGGUGGCGGCGGCGGCGGUGCUGGAAGAAGACGUAGCCGCAGUCCACGGUACCGUCGGAGUCCAAGUUAUGGUCGCAGGAGUUACAGUCCCCGUGGAAGAUCUCCAAGACGCCGCAGCUUGUCACCUCGAGGGCGUAGCUAUAGCAGAUCACCUCCGUAUCGUGGUAGAGAGGAGGUUCCUUAUGCCAAUGGAAAUGGUGUAAAGGACCGCCGUCGGAGCAGGAGCUGAGGACUACAGACUUCUCAACCUGCCUUAGUUAAACACAGGAUUUUUAGAGGAUUACUCCGAUUCUAUGUGUUUUUAGUGCUUGGACUUCGUAACGGACCUUUUUAAAAUCGGGCGACGCCCUCAGCCUCUACUUUUGAGUUUGGAUAAGUCCUUUCUAUCUUUAAUUUGAAUUGUUUUUUCCUUUAUCCCUUCAGUAUAGUCGUAGGAAUCUAUAUACUAAAAUAUUUUCAGUUCAUAUUUAUUUUGAUAAUUUUAUUGAGCGAAUGUCUUGAAGGGCACUGCUAAAGAUGUAUGUUUUUUUUCCUUUUUGAGGUGUUGUCUCGUCUCGUCUCGUACUGCUUCACUGCUUUUCUGCUUCUGCCCUAUCCUGAGAUUUCGUUCUACACCCCCCACCUCUGGGAUCUUCAAUUUGAAAGGUUGUAGGUCCCAGCCGGCUACUACAACUGUAGAUGCUACUAUUUGAUUGAAUCUCUGCGGUUGUGUUGCACGCUCUCAUAAUGUUUAUGAGAUUCCUUUUUUAUAAACUUUGAGGCAUGAGGAACGGCAUCAAAUGCUUCUGGCAGGUACAUGAAAUCUGUUCUACAGAAGUUUGGGGUGGGAUUCUUGUACAGAAAAUCAGGUUUUUAGGCAUUCUUCAAAAUACAUUCUCUGCAUAACAUUUUCUCUUCAUGGCAUUCAUAUCAUAUUAGGAGGAGGAUUGGUUUCCCAUACCAUUUUUUUUUUUUUUUUGGUGCGCAUAAUCAUUUGAGUUCUGAGAAUUAUGGUUUCCUGUCAAGUGAGGAUGAUUAAGACUAGGAGUAACUUUUAUUUCAUUUUUUAUACAUGUUAAUUUUCUUC